AUGUGCUCAAUGAAGAAAUUUAGCUUGUGCAUUGUGCUCAUGUGCAUUAGCCAAGGGAAAGCCGUAUUGAUCAUGGGGCCAAACACAAUACGACCCAAUCGAGACUACACAUUGGUAGUCAGUAACAUUUUUGGUGAAAAUAAAAACAAUUGUUCGUUAAACGUACGCUUGGAAGGAAUAGGUACAAACGGUAGUUCCCCGAUAAUCCUCACAAAAUAUGAGACCGUGCUGCCUUAUACUAAUAAAAUGAUAACGUUUAAAGUACCAAGUCUCCCAUUAGGCGUCCAUUACUCUGUAAUAAUCGAAGGAAAACAACCUUCCACCAGUGCCAUCGUUAACAUUCAUCAGAAAUUUGAGCUUAAUUAUCGAAGAUCGUCUGUGAUAGGUUUUAUACAGUUCAAUAAGCCUGUCUUCAGACCGGAUGAAACUCUAAAGUUCCGUGUCGUCGUGGUCGAUCUCGAUCUAAAGCCACGUGAAACAACGGUGUCUGUGUUCGUGAGUGAACCCUUUGGCAAUUAUUUUCGAAAAUGGACCAACAUCAGCCUUAACCAAGGAGUAUUUGAAGACCAAAUCAAAAUACCCACAAUGCCGGUGAUGGGAGCAUAUAAAAUUGAAGCAAUGGCAAAGGACGAAUAUUUGACAUUGAAAACAUUCGAAGUGAAGGAUUAUGAGUUGUUUUCAAUUUAUUUGCAUAUCUAUCCGACAGUGGUGCCACUUGUAGAGCAUCAGGCGCUCGAUCUUACUGUAACAGUCAAAAACGAUUUGGGAAUACCGGUCAGUGGUACACUGCAGAUUGACCUCUACUUCGACGAUGGAAAGCAGGAUUCGACCUGGAAAUUGGAAGUGAAUGGAAUACGCCAAGUUUAUCUUCAUUUUUCUGAAAAGCUGGUUGUUGACUAUCCUACGCAUGUUGUGCUGCUGAAAGUCAUCUUUACCGAGCAAUACACAAAUCGCACAACUGUUAAAGAUCAGAGGAUAACGGUGUACAAAUAUAAAUACAAAGUGACGCACCGCUCAAGACUCACUUACCGUCCGGGAACGCCAUUCACCGCGACUCUGGAAGUCACUGAUCUUAACAAUAAACCAGCAAAUAACGUUACCUUGCUUGUAGCAAUUGGUGGUGCGGAGGGAUUAAUUGUUCAAAAUUAUACAAGUAAUAUGACCGGAUAUAUGAAUAUCUUCAUGCACACCAACGAAUCCACGAGUAUAGAUUAUUUGCAAGUAUUUGAAGGCGAUCAUAAGAAGUUGACCAAAACGAUUUAUGAGCUAGAAAGUGCUUCAGAUAUGUUCAUCGAAGUAAAGCUUCUAACACGCGUCAAAUUUAAUAGAAUGGUCAAGUUAAUGGUGAUAUGUUCGCACCGUAUGACCAUUCUCCUGUACUACGUAAUUUGCAAAGGAAACAUUGUUGAUGCUGGAUUCUUCAGACCAAACCGCAUGAAUAGAUAUCCUUUUCAAGUGUUGAUGUCUUCAAGGCUUAUGCCUCAUUCAAGAAUCAUUGUCGCUUCCAUUGUGAACAAUAAGAUGAUACUAGCCACCGUUGAUGUAUCCGUCAAGGAGCUUGGCAACCCUCUUGAGAUGAAGAUCGAAGAGAACAUCAGCGAAGAUGGUGUGGAUCCCGGGGACGAAAUUGAGCUAGCUAUUCGAGGCCGUCCAGGAUCGUUCGUCGCGUUGACAGCAUAUGACCAACGUUUGUUCCAGCAACAUAAGAAUCACGAUAUUUUCCUAGUCGAUAUUUGGAAAAACUUUAUAAUGUUUCAUAACAUUGUUUUUGUUAACGCUGCUGGCAUCAUAUCGAACGCGGGACUAUUUGUUUGGACUUUUGAUGAAUCAAUCACAAUACCAGAGCGUAAUCAGUAUAAAGCCCGUGGUAUUUAUCCGGAUGAGCCUCGCUAUGGCAUGCCCGAACCCUACAGGACCGAAUUUAGGGAAUCGUGGUUGUGGCAAAACGUAACUAUUCCUCCCUCUGGACGAAUUGGGCUUGUAGUGAAAGUGCCUCAUUCAACAACCUCCUGGUGUAUAACUGGCUUCUCCAUGCACCCUGAAUAUGGUCUGGCAAGCGUCAACAAACCGAUUCGGUUCCCGUCCUUAAAAAUUUUCUUUAUUUUGGAUCGUUUGCCAAAAUUCAUCAAACGGGGUGAGACGGUAUCGUUGUAUUUCACGCUGUUCAGUGCCCUUAAAGAGGUCUUUCAGGCCAAUGUCACGAUGUUUAACGCAAAGAGUCAAUUGGAGUUCGCUAAUGGUCCUGCAGAAGGAUCGCAAAUUAUGGCCGUACCUCCGAAUUCGUCUACAACAGUAUCGUUUGUAGUAAAACCAAUGAAGUUGGGUGAGUUGGAGAUCCGAUUAAAUGCAUCCAUCAUGCAAGGCGUUAUCUCGGAUAGCUUCAGGAAAAUCAUUACCGUGUUUCCGGAGGAUAUAUGGCUUUUAGGAUCGAAACACCUACGAUACGGAAAUGGUACUUAUUCUAACAAAUCGUUCGAUAUACCACUUCUUAUUGAAAGAAACGUAAAGAAGGGUUGUUUGCAAAUUGAUUUAAUUGUUGAACCCGAACCAAUGUACUCGUUUCGUGAAUCGAACGAUUUAAAUGUGUCGCUCACUUAUGGAGAUAUGGAACAAAUGAUACAUUUAAAUUUAUUCGAAGACGACGAUAUAACAAAAAACAUCACAAUGAAUUCCGUACUAGAUAACAACAGGCAUUUUUAUGUGACCGUCACCGGUUUCGGUAAGGGAAUCAUUCAACUCAACUGGCAGGUGAAAUCGUGCAAUAGUUUCAUCUUAGAAAUGACCAAACAACCGACUGCUAAUAAGUUGCUGAAGCAGCUUCAAAUUUGUUGCAGCUACAUUCCAGAGAUAGUUAAUCAGCAUUCAAACGACACUUUGGUUGAAGUAAGCAUACCGAUAGGCUACGCAAUGGAUAGCCAUAGUGUACUGAAGAAUGCAAGUACCAAUCCCAUCAAUAAAAUUGAGUUACUGCACGAUGGAACAACUCUAAAGGUGUAUUACAACAGAAUGGGAGUCGAGACGACUUGCUUCAGUGUUUUCGCAUACAAAAGGUUUGGCAUGCCGGUAAAACGUCCAUCGUACAUCAGGGUGCAGGACUCCCGUAGACCAGAGUUAAACGCGAUGAAGUUGUUUGAAUUCCACAAAGAUCUAGAUUAA